AUGAAGUUCGUAAUUUUGUGUGUUGCCAUUUUCGUAUUGGUCUCAGCACGGCCUGAUGUGGAAAUCAUCAAAUCUGAGUCUGAUGUACAACCUGAUCAUUAUACCUUUGACUUGGAGACCAGCGAUGGCACUAGCAGACACGAAGAGGGCGUCGUUAAGGAUGCUGGCACCGAUCAUGCAGCUAUAAGCGUACAAGGCUCCUUCAGUUAUAAAGAUGAAAAGGACGGUAAACAAUAUUCCGUUAGCUACAUCGCCGACGAGAACGGUUUCCAACCGACCGGCGAACAUCUCCCACCAUUGCCUGCAAUCCAGCAUUGAACUGAUAUUUCAAGCAAA